AUCAGCGUCACCGUGCCCUGGUAGACAGUGCUCACUGGCUACCAGAACGCGUUCUCCCCAAACCCUCAGGGUCUGGGUCAUGGGACCUCGAGCCCUGCUGCUGCUGCUCUUGGGGGCCCUGGCCCUGACCGAGACCUGGGCGGACACUCACACCCUGAGAUAUAUCAGCACCGCUGUGUCCGGACCGGGCCGUGGAAAGUCCCGGUACGUCGUCGUCGGCUAUGUGGACGACACGGAGAUCGUGCGGUUCGACAGCGACGCUGCGAGUACCAGGCUGGAGGAGCCAGCACCGUGUUCCGAGCGGCCCUGGUCGGAGCAGGAAAAGCCGUACUAUUGGUACCAUCGGUCAAGGUUUUGCGCGCACAACGCACAGAUCAACGAAGGGAACCUGAACAAGCUGCGAGCCUACUUCAACCAGAGCGACGAUGUGUCUCACACCUUCCAGGCAAUGAGUGGCUGCACCCUGGGGCCAGACGGGAGUUUCCUUCGCGGGUACACGCAGUUCGCCUAUGACGGCACGGACUUCAUCGGCCUGAACGAGGACCUGCGCUCCUGGACCGCGGCCCAGAACACCUGGCGCAAGUUGGUGCAGGUCCCUGAUGCGGACGUCAGGAGGUUCUUCCUGGAGGAUACAUGCGUGCGCCGGCUCCAACUGUUCUUGGAGAAGGGGAAGAAGAUGCUCCUACGAGCAGAUCCUCCAAAGACACACAUGACCCACCACCCCAUCUCUGACCAUGAGGUCACCCUGAAGUGCUGGGCCCUGGGCUUCUAUCCUGCGGACAUCACCCUGACCUGGCAGCGUGAUGGAGAGGACCUGACCCAGGAUGUGGAGCUUGUGGAGACCAGGCCUGCAGGGGAUGGGACCUUCCAGAAGUGGGCAGCUCUGACUGUGCCCCCUGGAGAGGAGCAGAGAUACACAUGCCAUGCACAGCACCAGACAAUACCUGAGCCCCUGACCCUGAGAUGGGAGCCCCCUCCUCAGACCACCAUCACCAUUGUGGGCAUCGCUGCUUUUCUGAGUCUCCUUGGAGCUGUGGUCACUGGAGCUGUGCUAUGUUGGAGGAAGUGCUCAGGCAGAGGCAGGAAGAGUUGUGCUCAGGCUGCCUGCAGCGACAGUGCCCAGGGCUCUGAGGUGUCUCUCACAGCUCCUGAUGGUGAGACCCUGAGGGCAGGAAGUGGGGGACAUUGGGACCGAGGGGCACAGCUGGGUUUUGGGGAUUACCACAGUGGCACAUUCUGAGCAUGAUGUGGCUGUGGGAGAAUGUGACA